CCGCUCAGCACGAGUUACCAUGGUGAUUUAGCCCAGGUAAAAAGAGAACAAGCUUCAUAGGACGGAAAAUUAAACAAGAAUUUACCUCGAUGAGCGCAAAUCCUGCUUCAUGGCACAGGCCUCUGCACAAAUACUGGAGGUCUCUGACCGGGGGCAGUGCUCCUGGUGUGAGCUCCGGCUGUUGCCAGGCAACCGACAACCAUUUGUAAAAAAAAAACACGGAGGGCCCUUCUUCCUGAAAGCCUGCUCAAAGACAAACUGAGCACAACUUCAAAGCUACUGGGUUUCUCUGAACAAAUUCAUUUGACAAGUGUCAUACGACUGCUGUGGACAGCCAUGAGUUCAAAAACACUCUCUUCUGUGACAGAGAAGCACAUUCGCCACCUGUGUCUGACUGACUUCCCUUGUGGAAAUGGCAGCUGGAGAAAGAGCAAAGACGGUGCAGAGGCAGCAGGGACAGAAGACACAGAUGCCCUCCUGGAUCUGCUGAGCUGCCCUCGCUCUCCCUGGUGGCAUGAUUUGUCGUGGAGCCCUCAAGCGGUGACCCUGAGAGAACUGUCCGUGCUGUCACCCGAGCGCCUGCACGCCGACUUCAUUUACAAUCACUUCACCACACUACGCAUCGUGGACAAGGGUGUGUCCGUCAUCGACGAAGGCCUAUUAAAGUUUUCAAAGCUGGAGGAAUUGGUGCUGAGUGCCAACAGAAUCUCAGAAAUCCCUGCGCACAACCUUCCUAGCACUUUGAAGAUAUUGGAGCUGCGUGCCAACUGUCUGUCUGCUCUGAACAGUCUCACCUGCCGUCCACCCCCUCUCUUACAAUACCUUGGCCUUGGUUCCAACGGUCUCGGUUCCCAUGAUGAUGUAUCUAAUCUUACAGGAAGACAGUGGCCACAGCUGGUGUGUCUGGACCUCAGUGACUGCCAGUUCCUGGACCAGAAGGCCCUGCUGAGCGCCUUGAGGACACUCCCCUGCCUCAAGACACUGGUGCUGGAGGGAAACCCCUUCACCCUUGUUCCCUCCUACCCGGGCCUCGCUGUGGACACUCUCCCCCUGCUCUCUUGCCUGGAUAACUCGUGGGUUUUCCCUGAGGAAAGACAUCGUUUUAGGGGCUUGGCCAAGAUGAGCGAUCUGAUAAUGGAUCAGGCAUCGUUGACUGUGAGCGUGGGCAGAAUGAAGGGAAUGCCAGACCCACUGAUGAGUGUGGAUGAAAACACUCCUGACUUCCCUGUUGUUGCCUACAGUUACUUCAUCUCAUACGAGUUCCUGAGUCAUCAAACGCCUAAUAACCUGAAAGUUGACACCCAGGCUGGAUUUGACACAGCGCAUGUGGCAGAAGACGUCUCCAGUGCUGCUGACCUACAAUCAAGCGAAAACUGUAAAAGAGAAGCAUCCAAAGCGGAUGCUGGAGUCUUGACGGUCUACACUGAGGAAACCGGCCAUGUUAUUGCACAUGUGUCAAAACACAGCACGUCAAAACUGACAUGGUCAGAGUGCAUGGACUUCAGUGACACACACAUUCACGUUGUUAGUGAACUGGGAGACUUGAAGAAAUUCCUCAAUCAAGGACUUAAUCUGUGGAUUGAAGAGGAAAAGGUCCUGUCGUGGCCUGCGGCUUCUGAGGAUAUCCCAGAGUCCAAACCCAACCAGGCUGUCAAGGACAAGAAGGGAAUGAAAGGGAGAGAAUCUCCAAUCAAAUCUACUGCCGCCAAAGACAAGUCUAAGGACAAAAAGAAGAAAACUGUACUAGAGCUGGUCCAGGACGCCCCAAUUAGAAGAAGCCUUGGCUCCAUCCACAUCCCCCUGCAAAGCUUGGUCGAAGGAGAUCGUAAGGUCGCCGUCCUCUGCAACCUCGGUUUCCUGCGCACAGAGUCUGAGAUGGGGCCUACGCAAACACACGAAAAGGAUCCGGGAAAGAAAAUCAAAGAGGAAAAGAAGAAGGAGGACAAGGAAUCAAAGCUGAGAGGAGGCAAAGGAAAGGGAGGGAGGAACCAUGAGGCGGACGUCCACACAGACAACCUGCCACAACCUGUGACCGUGGAGGUGAGCGUGGAGCUGGAGAAAUGGCAGUCUACAUCUGAAGCUCACCAACUCCUGCACCCGCACCAAACCUCCCAGAGCCCAGAGACUGUUUCGUCGUGAAGUAAAGUCUUCCCCUCAUCCCUGCCGACUGUGGAUUGCAUGUUAAAUCUAUUUUACAAAUUUGACGUGGGCUGCGGUUGCUGCUCUCCUGCACCCUGACACUUGUCACCGGUCGCAUGAGGCAGUACAGGACCUGCAGUCCAAUCAGGUUGCACCAGGUAGUCCAGGUAGUCAGGAGCACGGAGGAGAUUACCAGGAGGCCUGCCGUUACGCGAGGAGAGCUGGUCAGGGCCGUAGAAGGGCAUCAACCCUUCUGUGAGGAGGAACAGGAGGAGCAUUGCCAGAGCCCAACAACAUAACCUCCAGCAGGCUACUGGUGCGCAUGAUUCUGACCCAACUGUCAGAAACAGACUCAAUGAGCGUGGCAUGACGGCAGUUCCUGGAUUACGAAUCCUUGAUGCUAUUGACCGGCCCUCUCGUUCCCCUGACCUAAAUCCAAUUGAGCACCUAUGGGACUUAAUGUAUCGGUGAAUCCGACGCCAAAGUACCAUCACACAGUGCCCAGGAGCUCACUGAUGCCCUGCGCCAGGUCUGGGAGGAGAUCCCCCAGGACUCAUCAGUUGACUCCUCUUAUACAGUGUACAUCGGAAAAGAUUUUAAAAUUGAAUAAUUAGUUCAUCAACAUCUAAUGUGGGAUUUGAGUGUUCCCUUAUCUUUUUUUGGAGCAGUGUAUAUAAAUAUAUGAACACUGCUCAUGAAUAAUAAAUAGGGGGACUUUAACUCUUACUCAAACAUGGAGUACUACUUGUUUGUCAUUCAUAUGUGGAUGUGGACACAAGUAGUGUUUCACUUAUGACAUCAUGUCCUUUCAGUGUUCAUAUCUUAUGAAAGAUAAAUAGGGGGACUUUAACUCUUACUCAUACAUGGAGUACUACUUGUUGAUGUCAUUUGUAUGUGGAUGUGGACACAAAUAGUGUUUCACUUAUGACAUCAUGUCCUUUCAGUGUUCAUAUCUUAUGAAAGAUAAAUAGGGGGACUUUAACUCUUACUCAAACAUGGUGUACUACUUGUUGAUGUCAUUCCUUUGUAAAUGUGGACACAGUGUCACUUAUGACAGCAUGCUCUGUCUGAUGUUCCAAGAUGUUUGAUGUGGCUGUUUCUCUUCAUUUUCUUUGAUGUGAAUUAACGUAAUCUGUGUUUGAGGCCUUACAAAUACUGUAUUCCUGAACACAGACCGCCCAGGGUCUGUUAGGUUCACUGUGUCAGAUGGUUAAAGUAAGUUAUUUGAAUGACUGAAAAGUUGCAGCUUGGUGUGUAAUAUUAUGGAGAUGCCAUAUGUGGUGUGAUCACUUUACUCAACAGGACUUGUAGGCAACUGGAUACAAGUUUAAUGUACAUAGACGACAUGCAGUGCACAAUUAAAAUAUUUUUUUUGAUAUUUAA